GUUUCUGGUUCUGUGUUGUUCAAUAUAACCUCUGGCAUAUGCAAUCACGAAAUUAUAAAUUGCUUUUUAAUGCCCAUAAAAUUGUCUGUAAGUUUUGUGUAGAACGUGUAGCUAUCUAUAAUUUUCGAAUACUUCUUGUUUCUCGGAUAUGAGUGCAAAAUUUCCCAGACUGAAAUUGUUUAUGUUUUGAGUAUAAACUGAAUCGUCGAAGAUCAUCUUCUGAAUAUUUACAAAAUGUCGAACUCGCUCUGUAGAAAUUCAGUCCCUAGGGUAUAUCAAGAAGUAAUUGAGGACGUUAUAAAUUCUGUCAGAGAUGUUUUUAAAGAUGAUGGUGUAGAUGAACUAAUUCUCCAAGAAUUGAAACAGACAUGGGAAGCAAAAUUGGCUGCUAGUAAAGCUGUACAUAAUGAACAAGAAGAGAAAAUAAAACAAAAGCCGACUGAAGUAAGUACGGUGAACGGAUUUCCUAAACAAAUCAUAGCACAGCCAAUGCAUCAUCCCAAUCUAGUUAAUCAGCAUCAAGUAACGCAAGUAGUUGAAACGAAAAUGGUACCAAUUCAGAUAACCUUACCGCCCCAACCUGGAACUGAUUCACAGAGGGUUCUCACUAUACAAGUACCAAAUACUGCUCUCCACGGGAAUCAGUUGCAGAAAGUCUUAACUGGUCCUGUUAUAACUGCUACAAUGGGAUUACCAGCAAAUAUUGCAUCGUCUUUGUUGCAACAACAUGUGAAUGCUGCUUUCAGCAGUCAACAGCAAGCUGUUGCCAUUGUAAAACAAAAUAUUAUUCAAACUGAUGGUCAGGAUGAUUCAGAGGGAAGCAGCAACUUGCAAGUAGAAUUCACUGUGUCUGUAGGACAGGAAAUUGGUAGGAGUCAAAAAAAUGUGAAAAAACUUCGCAAAUUCACUAAUAGACGACCUAAGCAAGUAGAUGGACCUUUAGAUACCUCAGAUGAAGAUGAAGAACCAUCUGAUGAUAAUGAUGAUGAAGAUGAGGACUUUGAUGAAGAAAAGGAUGAGGAUAAUGAUAUGGAAGAUGAAAUAGGUGAAGAAGAACCUUUAAAUUCCGAGGAUGAUGUAUCUGAUGAAGAUCCAGGAGAUUUAUUUGACACAGAUAACAUUGUCGUGUGUCAGUAUGAUAAAAUUAUUAGAAAUCGAAAUAAGUGGAAGUUUUACUUGAAAGAUGGUAUAAUGAAUUUGUCAGGCCAAGAUUACGUCUUCCAGAAAGCAAAUGGUGAUGCAGAAUGGUGAAGUGAAUUAACAGUAAUAGUUUAAACAUUUCAGUUAUAUGAGGGUGAUUUAUUAUUUUGCUAAAGACUAUGUUUUAUUGUUUUUGAGUAUAUAUGUUAACAAGCUGAUGGAAAAUGUAUCUAUCACCUUGUAUACUUAUCAAUGUUAUAUUUUAUCCUUUAAGAAAAUUAAGUAAUGAAGUUGUAAUUUGAACUAAAAUAAAUUAUUGGAAAACCCUUAAAAAAAAUGAAGCAUGAA